UUCUCUUCCCCUUCUCUGCUCACACCUUCUUCCUCAUUCUGUCCUUCUCUUCCGAUUCUUCAUCCGGGGUGCCUUGAUUUUCUCGGAAAGUUUCAUAUUUUCCGAGAAAGUUAACGCUUUUACUGUUGAAUCCAGAUUUCCCGAUUUGGGGUGUCCCAAAUUCCGAGCUGUUUUGUUGUUGGCUGCUGGGGUUGGUCUCUGUGGAGGUUUGGGUGUUUUCUGAGGCAGAGCUGACUCUCUCAUUUUGCUCCAAUGGAGAUGCAGGACCAAAUAGAAAGCAUUAGAUCAACCAUAUUUGGCUCAGCUAGUAACGGCCAUUCCAGUGGUGGAAAGCAAUCUGAAAAUGAUGCUCAUAUACCUUCUGUUGGAAACAGCCAUACCCCCAAGGUGAGGAAACCAUAUACCAUUACUAAACAAAGGGAGAAGUGGACAGAGGAAGAGCAUCAAAAGUUCCUUGAAGCUUUGAAAUUGUAUGGUCGUGGCUGGCGCCAAAUUGAAGAGCAUAUAGGUACCAAAACUGCUGUUCAGAUUCGAAGCCAUGCUCAAAAGUUUUUCUCUAAGGUUGUGAGGGAAUCUGAGGUCAGUGCUGAGAGUUCUAUACAGCCAAUUAACAUACCUCCUCCUCGGCCUAAGAGAAAACCUCUCCAUCCAUAUCCUCGGAAAUCAGUUAACUCUUUCAAAGGACACACCAUAUCAAAUGAAACAGAAAUAUCUCCAUCUACAAACCUGUUAGUUGCAGAGAAAGACACCCCGUCUCCAACCUCAGUGCUAUCUACAGUUGGUUCAGAAGCAUUUGGGUCUGCAUUUUCGGAGCAGACUAACAGAUGCCUUUCACCAAAUUCUUGCACCACUGAUAUUCACUCAGUCAACUUGUCACCUGUCGAAAAGGAAAAUGAUUGCAUGACAUCCAAAGCAUCCGAAGAGGAAGAGAAAGGAUCGCCAGCUUCAGUUCCUUUAUCCACUGUUUCUAACCCAAACACAUGCAUGAAGUCCGAGUUUAGUUCUAAGGACACUGAAUGUUUCAUAGAAGAUGCUGCCAACAUGCCACAAACCACUAGUAUUAAGCUUUUUGGAAGAACAGUCUCUACGAUAGGUAAUCAGAAGUCAAUGAACCUAAAUGAUGAGAAUGGUAAGCCAAUAACUGUAAAGUCUGAUGAAUUGGAUGAUGUGGAGAAUGAAAAGCCUGACCAGUCAGGCGAAUCCAAGCAAGUAGAUACACAAUUGUCGCUAGGCUUUAAUGGUAACUGGCCUUUAACACCUGAUGCUGAUGGAGCUAAUGUGACCAGCAUAGAGCCCCCAAAGGAGAACCUAUGUUUCAGUGAAUGUGCACCUGAUGCAUCAUCAUCUUUGCCGUGUUGGACUUUGUACCAAGGCCUUCCAGCUUUCUACAUGGAGCAUUGCAAUCAGAUCCUAAAUCCCAUGUCUAUUAGGCCCUCUUUGAAAGUAAGAUCAAGGGAGGAGGAAAGUUGUUGCACUGGUUCCAACACUGAAUUAGUUUGUGAGAUGGAAAACCAAAGCAAGAACUCAGAUGUUGUUGACUCUCAGUGUCAAAAAUAUAAUGAGGAAGGAGCUGCACCCAAGAAGCCUUCAAGGGGGUUUGUACCAUAUAAAAGAUGUUUAGCUGAAAGAGAUGGAAAUUCUUUACUUGUUGCCAUGGAAGAGAGGGAGGGGCAACGAGCUCGUGUGUGCUCAUAGCCUUACAUUUCAUUUUUAGAUGUUUCAUAGUUCAUGCUGUUAAUCAGAAAAAAAAAAAAGAAAAAAAAAAGAGAGAGAGAGAGAAAUAAGGACCUGAUUUAGGUAGUUGUGAUCUAAUUGUCUAAUUGACAAGCAUCUGAUUUCCAAUUCUUUUUUCCAUUAUGAUCUUUCUUCUUUCAUUCACCUGAACACUUCAUGUCCAAUAACUCAAGUUCUGGCUUGUAUCUUGUUACAGUUACUUAAACCAGAGACAUAUAGCAGCAACUCUGUCGUCACUGUUUUAUUUCUA